AGUUCGUGUUCUAUGUUUUAAUUAAUUCGUAAAUAGAAGCAUGAAUACGAAAAGAUUUAAAAGAUUUUUUUAAUGUAAAAUUCUUUUAUAUAUUUUAAUUGUUGAAUCUAGAGAGUUACAUUUGAUUCAGAAUGGAGGAAGCUUUGACGCCACCUUGUAAUGAGAUUAUUGACGAUAUUGAGGACUUGGUUUCAACCCUUAGUAUUGUUCCAAAAUCUAGAACUAGAAAUAAAAAGAGCAAACCGGAAAAAAAAGUAUUCGAACAUCGUGAUCCUGCUGAUAAACCUGUGGGAGAUAACAUUCCCGGUACACAAAGCAUUUUCGUUAAGACUUGGGGUUGUGCUCAUAAUAGUUCUGACUCCGAAUACAUGGCAGGUCAACUGGCUGAAUACGGCUAUGAAAUCACCGAAAAUAAAGAUACGGCAGAUCUUUGGCUUCUAAAUAGUUGUACUGUCAAAAACCCUGCUGAAGAUCAUUUUCGAAAUGAAAUAAACAAUGCAAAGAAAUUAGGCAAACAUCUCAUAGUUGCUGGUUGUGUACCACAAGGGGCACCGAAGGCAAAGUUCAUUCAAGGUCUCAGUAUUGUUGGUGUACAACAAAUUGAUCGAAUUGUCGAAGCUGUAGAAGAAACACUCAAAGGGAACACUGUUGUAAUGCUUGGCUUGAAGAAGCAAUCGGGCAAAAAAAUGGGCGGUGCUUCCUUAUUACUCCCCAAGAUCCGAAGGAAUCCGUUGAUAGAAAUUAUUGCAAUUAAUACCGGAUGUUUGAAUGAAUGUACUUACUGUAAAACAAAACAUGCUAGAGGAAACCUGGGUAGCUAUCCUCCCGAAGAAAUUGUUGCGAGAGCUAAACAAGCCUUCGAGGAGGGUGUGGUCGAAAUAUGGCUCACUUCAGAAGACACUGGCACCUACGGUAGAGAUAUUGGUACAUCUUUGCCGGAAUUAUUAUGGAAAUUAGUGGAAGUAAUUCCAGACGGUUGUAGAUUGAGACUUGGAAUGACGAAUCCGCCGUACAUUCUAGAACAUCUUCAGGAGAUAGCGAAGAUUAUGAGGGAACCUAAGGUGUAUGGUUUUCUUCAUGUGCCUGUUCAGUCUGCCAGCGACCAAGUUUUGGCCGAUAUGAAAAGGGAGUAUAACAGAGCAGACUUUGAACAUGUAGUGGAUUUUCUCAAAAAAGAAGUUCCUGGAAUAACAAUAGCUACCGACAUUAUUUGUGGAUUUCCAACGGAAAGAGAUGAAGAUUUUGACGAAACGAUGGAUCUCUGCGGAAAAUACAAAUUCCCCAGUCUUUUCAUAAAUCAAUUUUUCCCACGACCAGGAACGCCUGCCGCUAAAAUGGAAAGAAUUCCCACGCAGAUUGUGAAGGAGAGAACGAAAAAACUGACCGAUCUUUUCAACAGUUACGAACCGUACGGUCAUAAGAUCGGGGAAAUUCAAGAAAUAUUGGUGACGGAGGUAUCCCACGAUAAAAAGCACUACGUGGGCCACAAUAAGUUUUACGAGCAAGUUUUGAUCCCCAUGGAGGACCAUUAUAUGGGAAAAUUGGUCACUGUUGAGAUCCUGGAAUGUAGUAAAUUUUCGAUGAAAGCCAAACCGACCAAUUUGAAGAUGCCGGGACUCGUGAAACCGUUGAAGAAAGGACAAGUAUCUGGUGUUCAGAUCUCAAACACUUCAAACAGAUGGACAAUUCCCGUUUUGAUUAUUAUUUUAUCGUUGAUUGCCUUGAGGUUGUACAUUAGUUUGAAGACAUAUCUUCCUAAAAACAUGCAAUUUUGAUAUUCGUAAAUAUGUUCUUAUCGAAAAUAAAUUAUAUUACCAGUG